GACCGACGAUCCCAACCCAUACCAUUCCCAUCCCAUCCCAUCCAUGUUCACGGGAAGCCUCCGCCUCCGCCUCCUCCUCCAUUCCGCUUCAUGUCUCGCUAGAGCAACCCGUUCCCCUCACUUCCUCACUCCACCUCGAGCCAUGGCAACCCACUCUGCUGCCGCUUCCCCAUUCAAGAAGAUUGAGAUUCACAGAGGCGACACGAAAUUUGAUGCCUACGUGAUCGGGAAAGAGAACGCUCCUGGUAUUGUCGUCCUUCAGGAAUGGUGGGGUGUUGACUAUGAGAUCAAGAAUCAUGCUCAGAAGAUUUCGCAGUUUGAUUCGGGCUACAAGACAUUGAUUCCAGACUUGUACCGUGGUAAGGUCGGCUUGGAUGCUGCAGAAGCACAACAUUUAAUGGACGGUCUUGAUUGGCCCGGCGCCGUCAAGGAUAUUGAAGCUUCCGUCAAUUGGCUCAAGGCAAAUGGUUCGAACAAGGUUGGUGUGACGGGAUACUGCAUGGGCGGUGCUCUUGCAAUUGCGAGUUCUGUCUUGGUUCCUGGGGUCGAUGCUGUUGUUGGCUUCUAUGGUGUCCCUUCGCCACAGCUUGCGGAUCCUGCAAAUGCCAAAACACCUGUGCAGGCUCACUUUGGCGAACUCGAUAAGAUUGCUGGAUUCUCAGACAUACAGACUGGGAAAGCUUUAGAAGAGAAGCUGAAAGCCUCGAGAGUUCCCCAUGAAGUAUACUUUUAUCCUAAAGUUGGACAUGCAUUCAUGAACCAGUCGCCCGAGGGAGUGCAGAGGAGGAAGACCAUGGGAAUGGAUGCUGAAGAUGAUUCUGCAGUUGAGCUUGCUUGGACUCGAUUCAGAUCUUGGAUGAGUCGCUACUUGUCUGCGUGAGCUAUGUAUGUAUGCACGUAUAUCUAUGUGGCCCUCCUUUUGUCUAUAGAGUAAAUAAACAUGGCUCCGGUUUGUUUGGUAGUUGCAUUGCACUAACAGGCUUGGCGUGGUGUGGAUUGUUUGUGAUCUGUGGAGUGGAGUCUUUCUUUGUGGUAUUAAUUGUCAGCAUGUUGUUUUCUUAUGGGAUUUCAUGUUUUCUAACAUGUUGGCUGAUGAUGAUUGAUGCUGGUCGCCAUUGAUGAAGAUCCAUACGGUUGUGUGUAGUUUAACUUUUUGUUUCUCCCCAAUAAUAAUAAUUUAAUAUCUUUCUUA